UCUUACUCCCAAACCCGUCAUUUGAGGAAUAACGUAACCUAUUUCUGUCUGAGCAGCUGCAGAUCUGUCCGUUUCCUCCAAUGUGUUUUAAUGCAGAUUAAUCCAUAGGAUGCUCUUUGAACGAACGGAGGGCUUCUAAACCGACUAAACUGGAGUUUGCUAUACCAAGGGAGCUGAGAUUAAAGUCUGUGUGAUUAAAGUGGAGGAAACUAGUGAACAGACAUCAUGGCAGAAAACAACUUCCCUCCCCUGCCUCGAUUCAUCCCCCUCAAGCCAUGCUUUUACCAAGACUUCAGUGAGAUCCCGGACCAGCAUCGCACCAUGUGCAAGAGGCUCUACUACCUCUGGAUCUUGAACAGCGCCACACUGGCUGUGAAUCUGAUUGGCUGUCUGGCGUGGAUGUGUGGAGGUGGUGGAGCGACCAACUUCGGCAUGGCCAUCCUGUGGCUCAUUCUCUUCACCCCCUGCUCCUACGUGUGUUGGUUCAGGCCCAUCUACAAGGCCUUCAAGACCGACAGCUCUUUCAACUUCAUGGCUUUCUUCUUCGUCUUUAUGGCGCAGGUGGUGAUCAGUAUAAUCCAGACUGUUGGCAUCCCAGGCUGGGGAGUGUGUGGCUGGCUGGCGACCAUCACCUUCUUCAGCACCAACAUUGGAUCAGCUGUGGUGAUGCUGAUUCCCACCAUCAUGUUUACAGCGGUGGCUGUACUCUCCUUCAUCGCCCUCACAAAGGUUCAUAACCUCUACCGUGGCAGUGGUGGCAGCAUGAAUAAGGCCCAGGAGGAGUGGGUCAGCGGGGCCUGGAAGAACCCCCACGUCCAGGAGGCGGCUCAGCAGGCCGCCAUGGGAGCGGCGCAGGGAGCGGCGCAGGGAGCGGCGCAGCAGAACCAGUACACAGCAGCUCCCACCUACAACUACGACGAACCAAUGUAGGGCAGAGGAGGGGGCCAGGCUGCCGAGUGGGAGAUAAAAAAAGGGAUCAAUUAAGAACACAAUUCUGAGUUAGGUGCCCUUCAUUAUAACACUGUACACGCUGAAUUCAACCAGAACAAUGUAGAGAAAAGUCAUGUUUGUGGUGCAAGUGUACUCUUAUUGAAUUCUGACAUACACAGAGUUCAUAUUUAAGUCACUUCACAUUUAAAUCAACAGCCAACUAUUAAAAAUCUGUUUUAUUUAUUAAUUAUUAUUUGUAUCUCAUAUGCUGGUCAGUGUGUGUGUCGCUUUCCAACGGAGACACACAAUAUAUGGCUAAAAACAACCCCCAGAGCGUCAUCAGUUUAUUUAGGUUCAUUUGUGGUCAGCGCAGAGCGGCCUCUCAGCCCGUGUUACACUUUUUAGACAUCUUUUGACCCUGUUUAAUGUGAUUUUCAUGUACUGUAAUAGCUAUAUUGUUAAGUCUUGAAGCCUUGAAGGUCACCAAAUGCACCCUCAGUUGAUGCACUGUAGCUCCUUACUAUUCAGCUUGGUUUCAUUAAAGGCGUGGGUCACCAUUUGGGAAAUACAUUUCUUCAUGUUAAGCCAGUCCUUUGUGUUUAGUGUAGAAUUAUACGUGUAAAUUAAUUAUUUAGGAGCAUAUUAUCCUUUUGAUACUGGACAGUCACUUUCUUUCUUUGUAAGUAAACUUUGUUUCUUUGUUGUUGAAAAAGUAAAUGUUGAAUGUGGCCAAAAACUUGACAACAGAAUUAGCAUUUCAAAAAAUGAGAAUAAUAAAAUUGAACAGAAAGAUGAAUUAUAAAAAAAUCGAAAAACUUGUCUCAAACAUCAUUUAAAUCAGAAAACAUUGAUUGGAAGCUAAAUUUAGCGCAAAAUGUAUCGAGCUGGUAUUUCCCCUACUUAUACAACUUUUAAAUCUUUUAAAAAUCUUUCAGUUCAUCUUUUAAUGACCUAGUUGAUGAGAAGUUGCAUUGUGUGAACUGUUAUUCGUGAAUAUUUUUUACAUUCUCUGGAAAGAUGUGAGAGCUCGUUUUAAAUUCUACCUGCAAAGCCCUCAAAUUCUCAACAUGUUGAGUAUUUGUCUCCUUUUAAUCACCUUUAUUCCACCACUAUGCACUGGUUAUGUGUUCAGCAGGUUGAUUUCAGUGAAAUGAAAUUGUAUUACAUGUUAAAGUGAAGCACAUGCAGUUGUUAGGAUUUCAGUUCAUUGGAUAAAACAUUCCAAAUCAACGUAGUACAGGUUAGAAGCGAAAGAAAACCAAAAGACGUGCAGGUUGGACAUGCAGUAAAUAUUAAUAAUCAUUGUUGUAUGUGGUCAUUGCAUUGUAUGAAGUGAUGGAUGUUUUCACCCCGUAGGCAAAUUCUCCCACUUUCCCCUACAUGUAAAUGCUUAAUGACUACUUGUUCCUGAAGCUCUGGAUUUCAGGCCUUAGUGUGUCAUUUCGUGGCUGUUAGUGUUAUUCUAUGAGUAGGUGUGAUAUGAUAUUUAUAUAAAAGGGAAUUAAAAAUUCUAGGCAACUAUUUCUUUAUGAAGAGAAAUUGAAAGACAGAAUAUUUGUGCGUCAAAUGGUUUUCAGUGUCACGCAAAUCUUCUUUGAAGACGUCCUCAAGAUUCAGUAGAUGGUUAUUACAGUAAUACAGUAUUAGACUUGAAACAGAUGUGAAGAUUUGUGUCUGAAUGCUCGUUACUUCAAAACCUGUGAGUUGUCUUGUCUGAUUGUGAUGAUGUGGUAUUCAAUAGGCUGUUGUUUUACUUUUUAAUUCUUCUUUUUUUUUUACCAAUCUAUUAUUAUUUGUGUAUUUUGGAUGAUGUGUGGAUGAGUUUGAAGCACAUGUCCUCGUUGUCUUUCCAUGGCUGUCGGUAACAGAUUUAGAAUUGUUUCUUCUUCUUUUUUUUACAAAUCAAAUUAAAGAUUUGAUAAUGUUUUGCACUGAGAUACCUGUUGACAUCAGUGCAAACUAAACAUAAAUAUAUUAAACAGUAAUCCUAUUAGGAUCAAGUGGGGUCCUGUUGUGCUUUAAAUAUAGACAUGGAUAGUAACGACCAUAACAUAAAUGGUUAUGACUGGAAAAAUCUACCUGUUUUCAAGCUGGACACCACUUGUAUGAUUAAACAAACGGAUAACAUUUUCACCAGCAGAGGCACACACGGAGGUUAUGAAGUAUAACCCUGAACACCGUAUUGUCCACUCAUCCGUUAGCAAACGCACAAAGUGUAGCUGAUCAGUCGGCACAAAGAUGAACAGAGUUAUCGCGGUGAAUUUUGGAUCUGUCUAAACUUUUUUUGGUGUUGCCAUAUGUACAUACAUCUUAUGUGAUUAUGUAGCUGCAGUGCAUAUUGGAUACAACUACUAACACUCUGCAUUUCAGGCUGCUGUAUUAACGCUUCUAAAAGCCAUUUCCCCUUCACUACCCCGUGUUCCCACAUGUAAUGUAUGUUGUUUGAUAUGUAUUAUCAUGUACUAUAUCAUAACUAGAUAUAAAUAUAUGAUUACUUGAGGUGAAGUAAAUAUUUGCAAUGAAUAAACACAUUCAAUAGAAACAUGUUGUAAUUAAGUAAAUGUAAGGUUAGAGGAGGCUGUGUCUCCAAGAGGGAAGUCAAUGAGGAAUAUAAAUUUGUGUGUAUUACUUUUGUAUCAUUUGGUUUGACCUUAAUAGAUAUUAAACCGUUAUUGUUGCA